AUGGAUGGCCUGUCCACACUGGUUGUGCGGGCGUCAGCACAACCUCCAUUCUUUCGGAGUUUUGCUGGUUUAGCCAUUAUGACUCUGCCUAAUUAUAACACCGAUGUCGAUUUCGUCAUGCAUUAUCCUAGUUGUAGUGGUGGUCAUGUGAAUCCGGCAGUCACCAUUGGCUUAGCAGCGGCUGGCAAGAUACCUCCGUUGGAGGCCGUUUUGUACAUCAUCGCUCAGCUUAUCGGCGGAGUUUUUGGCUCGCUGAUGAUUCUACUGUCAUAUGACCAAUAUGUAUCCAUACAAGGCGGUGCAACCCUGUGCGGAAUGGAUGUCAUGUGGUAUCAGGCUCUGAUUGCUGAAGUUCUCACUACAUACCUACUCAUGCAAACAGUGCUAAUGACUGCGGUCGAUUCUUCGACCGUACUCGCACCGCUUGCUAUCGGUUUCACACUCAUCGUGGAUAUUCUGGCUGCAGGAAGCAUCUCAGGUGCUUCAAUGAAUCCCGGUCGCUCAUUUGGCCCGAACAUUGUUGCGACGAUAUUCAUGCAAGACAAGCUUGCAGAUAGAUUCUGGAGCUAUCACUGGGUGUACUACGUAGGCCCAUCGCUCGGAGCUCUAUUAGCUGUAAGCAUGUACAGGUGA